GGUCGACGAGGACAAGGCCGCAGCCGCAGCCGCUGAAGAGGUUGACUUGGGCGUCUUUGAGACAGCUUCCGAGGGCGAGGAGGCGGAGGAGGUUGACGAGCCCAAGGACGUCAACAUGGUUGAGGAAGAGGGCGAGUCGUGCGCAGAGGCGGCGCCGAAGAAGCGGCGGCUGCAAGGCAAACAAGCCGCGCCGAGUUACGGCCCGCCGUUGGCUCUACCAGUCAUCGUCGUCGUUGGGGGGGCGGCGUUCGCCGGACAGGUCCGAGACCUGGAGCGCAAGGCCGACGACCAGGACGGCAUCGAAGAGGUUUGGCGGGAAGAGGCCGAGCACUUGCGGGGGCCCCCGGCCGAGCGCUGGGUCUUCGUGCACGUCAAAGUCGCGGGCGCCGACGCCGCAGAGGUCUGGAGCAACUCCCACCCGCUCGUCGACGCCGGCGCGCCGGUUGUUCACCUCCUCUACGACGGCGUGGGCCACUACAACGCCUUGGUCGAA